CCACUGCGACCAUUAGUGUUGCGGUCACUGAUACGCGAAGAGUUUUAGAUCAGUGGUUGGGGUGGCAUAUCCACUGACAGCCGCGUUAUUACUCAUCAGCUGCAGUUCCGCAGAUUGUAUUUCAAGUGUUAGGAAGCUCCCAAGUCACCCUCAAGGCGUUUAUGUCACUUGUGGGUCCAAUCGGUCUGCCAUCAGAGGAGAGGCUGCCAACCUGCUGAGCGAGGACACUCAGACCUGGACGUGGUGUUUCUUGCAUAAGAGGAACGUGGACCUGCGAAUUCUGACUGCCAAAAGAUGUCCCAUCAGACUGGAAUCAACGCAACUUCUGAGCUGAAAGAAUUCCUGGCACGAGCAAGAGGAGGUUCUAUCAGGAUCAUGAAAAUCAUCAUCAGAAACGAGGAGUUGGUGCUAGAUUCGUGCCGAGAGCCAGCACAGAGCUGGGAUAAGGACUAUGAUCAGUUCCUGCUUCCUUUGCUCACGCCUCAGCAGCCUUGCUACAUCCUCUACCGUCUGGAUUCCCAGAAUGCACAGGGAUAUGAGUGGAUCUUCAUCGCCUGGUCACCUGACCAAUCACCUGUGCGUCUGGAGAUGAUGAACGUCCUCAGUUUUUCUUUCAUAUCAGCGAUCAAAAUCAAGAUGCUGGUGAGGCAGAAGAUGAUGUACGCUGCCACCCGUGCCACACUGAAGAAAGAGUUUGGAGGAGGCCACAUCAAGGAUGAGAUGUUUGGCACUGUUGAGGAUGACCUGUGCUUUCAGGGAUACCUGCGCCACAACUCUUCCUGCUCCUCGCCAGUUCCACUGACACAAGCUGAGCAGGAGCUUCAACGAAUCAGAGUCACAGAGGUUACGAUGGAGUUUGGCUUAGACAAGAGAGCCCAGACUCUUCAGGGCCUUGCAUUCCCUUUACAAGAAGAGGCCAAACGAGCACUGCAGCAGCUCAAGCAGAAACGCAUUAACUACAUACAGCUGAGGCUGGAUGUAGAGAAAGAGACCAUUGAGCUGGUUCACACCAAACCGACAGAAACCCACGAGCUUCCUUUCAGGAUUCCCACAGACUCCCCAAGAUAUCACUUCUUUGUCUUCAAACAUUCCCACCAAGGCCAGCUGCAGGAGGCGCUAGUGUUCAUCUAUUCAAUGCCUGGAUAUACCUGUAGCAUCAAGGAGCGGAUGCUGUACUCCAGUUGUAAGAACAGGCUACUGGAUGAGGUGGAGCGGGACUACCAGCUGGAGGUGACCAAGAAGAUGGAGACUGACAGUGGCGAUGGUCUGACGGAGGACUUCUUGUAUGAGGAGGUCCACCCGAUGGAGCACACCUUGAAGCAGGCCUUUGCUAAACCCCGUGGACCAGGAGGGAAGAGGGGCAACAAACGCCUCAUCAAAGGGGUGGGAGAGAACUGGGAAGAAAAUUAGGCACACAUGCACACACCUACACAAAUAAAUGUCAUGAUAUUUAAGGAUUGACUUGUUAUUUGAGUGUUUAGCUUGAAGUCUUUGAUAAUGAAUUUGUAUGUCAAUGUGCACAUUACAGGAUGAAAAUGAGGGAAAUGCAUCCACAAUGAAACUGAAUUAAUCCAUUUAUAGUUUCCAAUGAUAGGUCAU